GAUCACCCCGCGAAAUAUUGAAAAAGUGUUGGCAAGCGUAAAAUAUUUGUAGCUGUCUCUCUCUAUUGCAUUUAAAUUGUAUCAAACCGUGUGUUUUUGUUAUGUUUUUAAGGAACAAAUUUUGUGUUGUCAAAAUAAUACGGUUUUUAUGAAACAUGUCAAAAAAAUUCUAUUCUGUAUAGGUUGCGGCGCGUGUGGUGUGUAGAAGAACUUUGUCUGGGCGAUUCUUUUUUUUUUGGCACGUUUGUGUGUGUACCGUUAUUCAAUUCUUCAAAUAAUCAAUUAAUAUUUAAGUUCAAUGAAAUGAGCAGCAAGAAGAGAAAGAUUGAACCGCUCUUGAUAUCGUGCAACUGGGCUGAUUGUUCGGCGAAAUGUAUCAGCGACUGGGAAUUGAAUAGUCAUAUAACGGAGCACUUGGAAGCCUUAAAUCCUGAUUGCGAUGCUAUCUAUAAAUGUGUAUGGGGUUCCUGUGAAUUUAAUACAAAGUGUUUAACCCAGAUUCAAAGGCAUAUCUAUUAUCACGGCUAUUAUAACGCCUUGUUGGUACAGGGGAAAUAUGAGUGUGAUAUAAACCCGAGUAUACCAAAGUGUUGUGGGCCAGCUAGAAUUUGCGAUAAAAUACCAGAACUUAAAAGCAAUUUUAACUGUGAAUGGACGGAUUGUGAAAGAACUUUUGUAUCCAUUGUUGAAUUUCAAGACCAUAUUGUGCAGCAUGCUUCCUUUGAAUACGAAAUACAAAAGUCGCCGGACGAUGAAAGACCAAAGAUUCAAUGCAAUUGGAUUUUCUGUAAUAAGCAAAUGGACAACAAAUACCGACUAAUUGAACAUAUUAGAACACAUUCGAAUAAAAAGCAGGUCGCUUGUUUCCACUGCGGCGAAUUGUUUCGCACCAAAACUACACUUUUCGACCAUUUGCGUCGACAAUCCGACAAUAAUACCAAUAAAUACCAAUGUGCUCAGUGCUUUAAGUUCUUUGCCGUGGAGAAAUUGUUGCGUUCUCAUAUGGUAAAACACGUAUAUUGUUACAAAUGCAAUAUGUGCGAUAUGACUUGUUCAUCGGCUAGCGCAUUGGCCACUCAUAUACGCUAUCGUCAUUUAAAGGAUAAGCCAUUUAAAUGCGUAGAGUGCGAGUAUCGUUGCGUACGCGAAUCUGACCUCAAUCAACAUGUUCAAUUAGUGCACACUAAAGAAGUGCACCGGUGUGAAGAACCAGGCUGCAAUUACACGGUUCGCACCUAUCAAUCUCUCAGACGGCAUUACUUAGAAGUCCAUGAGAACACGCCAUUCAUUUAUAUCUGCCAUUGCUGUGACAAACCAUUUAAAAAUGGCAAAUCGCUUUCAGUGCAUCUUAUUAAAAAACAUGAUUAUCAAUUGCCUUCCGGGCAUAAACGUUUCACUUAUCGGGUCGAUGAAAAUGGCUAUUAUCGUUUAGAGACGACACGUAUCGAAAGUCUAGAAGUUACUGAACAAAUUCUCACACCGAAUCUAUUUGAAAUGUCAAAUGAGACAACUCAGGACAGCAAUUGCUAUGAAAUUGUCUUAAAAACAAAUAAACAGAGAAAUGCUGAACAACGCAUCGUCGUUUCAAAUGACGGCACCGAUGUACAACCAAUCGGUGAAAUAGUUAUAUCGUUGCCCACUUUAGAUGAUGUUUAAGCAGCUCUUAGCCUUGUUAACAGCAUGUAUUAGCCAAUACUAUAGAUCUGUUAUGUAAUAAAUAACAAACGACUACGAAGCAAGUAUUCCAUUGCCUUAACAAUAAUAAUAAUAAUAACAAUCGAUACCGUUAUGUAACAUCAGAAAUGCGCAUGCACUUAACAAAUAAUUAUGCGUAUGCGCAUAAGAAACUACAAGUAAAGCAUUAACAAUAUUUAGAGUAUAAUAAUUUCCUAUUUGACCCACUUCUUAAUUGAUUGAUUGAAGUGAUUGGAGAAGAGAUUUGUAUUUUUAAAUCGAAUGCAAUCGUUAUGUGAUGCUCAUAGUUUAGUUAGAACUUAGACAGACAAAUAUUAUAAACAUAUAUACGACAAAUUAACUUGUAUACAUGUGUAUUACAAAUCAGUAUACGCACAUACUUAUCAUUAGGUUUGUUGUAAUUAAACAUACGUAUUACAUCUAUUAAUAAAUAAUAUUGUCCAAUUAAAGCUUGCAGA